AUGAAGAUACUAUGUGAAGUGUGCGAGAAGGCUGAAGCAGAAGUACUUUGCUGUUCAGAUGAAGCUGUUCUUUGCAAGCCAUGUGACAUUAAAGUUCAUGAAGCUAAUAAAAUUUUCCAGAGGCAUCACCGAGUCGCCUUGCAAAAAGAUGCAGCCUCAGCCACCACAAGCUCUGGAGCUCCUCUAUGUGAUAUAUGCCAGGAGAGAAAAGGGUACUUCUUCUGCAUAGAGGACAGAGCAUUGCUGUGCAAUGAUUGUGAUGGAGCCAUUCACACUUGCAAUUCUCACCAAAGAUUCUUACUUCCUGGAGUCCAAGUUUCUGAUCAGUCUUUAACUGAAAACUCCGGAUGCAGCACUAGUUUUAGUUCUGAAACUUAUCAGACUCACUCAAAAGCUUCUCUGAAUAGUCAGUACUCUAAUGAGGAAACUGAAGCCGGGAACUCAGCUGCGAUAGACAAGAAUCCUUCUGUAAUCUUAAAUCCUUAGAGCUGGAC